UAUUUUUGCCUUACCAGUCUCUGUUCUUCUUUUUAGCUAGUCUCCUUUUCCUGUUUGGGUUCUUUCCUGCCAUCUGUCUUCGCUUUAGCAGUCUUGGUGUGUAUCUAUGCUGUCUUCAAGCCCACCCCAUGUAUUUUCAAGGCACUGAGUGUUUACCCAUGGUAUGUCAGCCGUAUAUGGGCAGCAGCAGAAGGGAGGUAAGAGUGAGAGAGGAAGCUGGCAGGAAGAGGAAGAGCAGAGAGAGCUACUGACUAACAUCAGGCCUCUGGUAGAAGCAGCUGAGUCUAAGAGGCUGAGGUGUGUGUAGGUUUUUCAGUUUUACAAGCAAAGGAUCAAAAGAAAAGCAGAAUGCAAAGUGUUAAUUUUGCUGUGGUUAGCUGAGAACACACGGCUUGAAACCAAGAAUAUUUUGCUGGAAGUUCAUCUCUGAAAUAGCAAGACCAACCGAAUAGCACUUACUUAGAGUUACCAAAGAGACAAUUAUACAUAGUAACAUCACAGACACAACAAUGAGUAACUCAAAUUCUGCUGAUUUAGUUCAUACAGGAGGAAAACAAGGUGGGAAACCAAAACGAGGCAAGAAAUUAAAACCACAAGAAGAAAGUGAGGGUGAAAGUUCUUCUGGGGAGCUUAGAACAGAGAGUCCGUCACAAGAUUCACCGAGAGACGUCGUUCCAUAUGGUGAAUCAGAAGUUGUGUGCAGAGAGGGGGAACCUGGAACUGCUUAUGAAAAUGUUCCCUGCCACCCACCUCACCACCCAAGAUGGUGGCUACCAGGCAUACGAAAAGAUGAUGAAUUCUUCCAUUUUGUCAUUCUUUGUUUUGCCAUUGGAACCUUGUUGGUUUGCUAUUACAGAUAUAAAGACUGGACAGUUUCCCUUGGUAUUGGUUUGAUGACCUUCGCAGGCUUAGAAACAACUGGAAUAUAUUUUGGUCUGGUGCACCGCAUUAGAAGUAUCCUGGAAAGUUUCAUCCCCCUGCUUCAGAGCGUCAGAGCGCCUGGUUUGAAAAAGAUUAACUAAAUCGGAG